AUGUCUGACCCUUGCAACUACGAUUGGAGACUGGAUCCUCUCGUCCCAAAGCCAGAAAUUCUUCAUGCACCACCCCCUAGAGCAGAGAAAAAACCUACUGAUGUCACUGAUUUCCCUAAACAAACAGUGACUCCAAUGCCAGAAGAAUAUCACUAUCCUGAAGGAAAAUACAGGCCACCAACAUUACCAAUCAGAGGGGGAUUUAUCCCAACCAAUAUUCAUUUAGAAGCUGGUAAAAUUUACAAAUGGUGCUCAUGUGGAGCCACUUGGGAUGAACCGUGGUGCGAUCAUAAAUGCCAUUACAUGCUAUCAAGAAAUAGACCAAUCGCUUUCAACGUAGAUAAAUCAGGAUACUACAAGAUUUGCAACUGCAAACAAUCUGCAAAUGCGCCUUUCUGCAAUGGGACUGAAAGGCUUUUGGUGAAUAACUUCUCUAAAACGUACUUUGGAGCUUAUAGAACUGCGACUGCUGCGGGCUUGGGACUGUUCUUUUUCGGAGUUUGGUGGAAUUUCCGCUCUUAA